AGUAGCAGUAGAUUCAGAGGACACCGGGUUUGUUCAACAGGCGCAGGGAUGCCCGAUGCUGGAACAGACAUGGGUACGGAGAGCGGGAGGAUUUUCGGGAUGAAAGCUAAGGCACCCGUAGCCACAGAAAACAUCCAUCCUUCGUCUCUAAACAACGGUCCUCCAGCUGACAUCCUCCGAAACUUUUACCACACGAAAAGAGUUGGGAAUUAUCUGAUCGGGAGGAAGCUGGGAGAGGGGUCGUUCGCCAAAGUGCGAGAGGGGCUUCAUGCGACCACCGGCGAGAAGGUGGCAGUGAAAGUGAUUGACAAGAGAAAGGCCAAAAAGGAUUCGUAUGUCACAAAGAACUUGCGGCGUGAAGGACAGAUUCAGCAGAUGAUCCGACACCCACACAUCACCCAACUGCUGGACAUCCUGGAGACGGAGAACAGCUACUACCUCGUCAUGGAGCUCUGCCCUGGUGGAAACCUCAUGAACCACAUUUAUGAGAAGAAAAGGCUGGAUGAAAGAGAAGCCCAGAAAUACGUACGCCAGCUAGUCAUGGCAGUGGAGCAUCUGCACAGGGCAGGAGUUGUUCACAGAGACUUGAAGAUUGAAAACCUCCUCCUUGAUGAACAGGACAACAUAAAACUGAUCGAUUUUGGCCUCAGUAACUGUGCGGGAAUUCUGGGAUACUCUGAUCCCUUCAGCACACAGUGUGGCAGCCCAGCAUACGCCGCACCAGAGCUUCUCUCAAGGAAGAAAUAUGGGCCCAAAGUGGAUGUCUGGUCAAUAGGGGUGAACAUGUACGCCAUGCUGACUGGUACCCUACCAUUCACUGUGGAGCCAUUUAGCCUGAAAGCUCUGCAUCAGAGGAUGGUGGACAAAGAUAUGAACCCUCUACCUCCAUCGAUCUCUUCAGCUGCCGUCAAUCUGCUGAAGAGACUGUUAGAGCCUGACCCCGACAAGAGACCCAACAUCCACCAAGUGAUGACCGACUCGUGGCUGCAGUUGGGCAACCCUCACACUGGAGUUCCUUACUUAAAUAGAAUCCACAUUGAGGAGAUCAACCAUACGGUUCUGCUCCACAUGACUGAGAAAAUGGGCUACAAACACAGUGAGGUGCUGAGUGCGGUGCUCACUAACAAAGCUUGCCACACGCUGGCUGUCUACUUCCUCCUCAACAACAAAAUGAAGAGACUCUCAAAAGAGUACAGGGAGAAACAGUACAACAUGGAGAAAGAGAAAAAGAGCGAGCUGUUUCAGACCCAGUGGAGGAAGCACAUUGAGAAGAUCACGAUUCCACCCAAGCAGACACCCGUCUAUCUCGCUGUGAGCAAAGGCCCCACCAAGGAAAAAAAACAAAGAACUGGUCUUCUGAAAGCUGUGACUGGAGGUUUUAAAGAUGUUUACUCAGGACGUGGUGGUUGCAUCACGUCCUCCUCUCUGGAGUACCUGGAGAUCCACCCCCUGUUCCCGAACAACCCGCAGCCAGCCCAUCCUACACCCGAGACCCAGCCGCCCCAGAAAGACAGCUCCAAAGAACCCUCAAAAGCUGUCAACAUCCCUGUUCGCCCACCUUCCUCCCUCGGCGCUCAUUCCUGGGCUUCCGCAAGCAAGGAACCAAGCAAAGAAGCUCCUCCAUCACCAUGGUACAAACUGACCAACGGAGCACUCUCUCCGCCUCGACAUGUGUCUGCUUUUCAGCCCGAUAGCUCAUACUUGAAGAAGGCCACGAUCCCCAGCCCACCUGUCCUCAUCGUCAAACCUCAGCCCAAAAAAAAGCCUCCCACUUCAGACUGGUCUAGCUCCUCAGAUUCAAGCGGUAGCCCUCCCAGCAGCGGGGCUAGCGAAGAACCCGACAGCCCUCAGCACCGCAGCAAGUUCCCUUCCAUGGGUAUCGGGCAGAUUUUAAAGAAAAAGCUGCCGCCCUUCAGCUUCCAGCUGCCCCCGUUCAGGCCAGAGCCUGCGGUGGAAGUGGAGUCUCCAACUCCUUACCAUAUGCAAACUCUGCUCUGCGCCUCAGGGGCUCUCAAAACCCUGUGCUGAGGAUGAGAACUUUUCGAUUAUAUAAAAUCAGAUGUAUGCAGUACCAUAUUCUCUCAUCAACAAUGCUUGCACUAACACGCAGAACAGAUACAUUGCUAACCCCACGGGGAGUUAUUUGGGAUGACAUACACAGGUUGCAGAGAACAUAUAGAACACAAAUAGAUCUUGAGGUAACAAAGCCUCAGGACAGUAGACACUGAAAGCCAAGUUCACAUGCAGCAGCACGUUCAACAGGCUUCUAGUCUAAGUGCCAUGUAGCAGCUGAGCCACAACCUUUAACGCACAAUUCUUCUGUGAAACAAAGCUGUCACUGCCCACAAUAAUGUGUGUACUAAUAUAUGUUCAUGUACAGUAACACAACAAAGACUGUUAAUGAAUGGUUGGAAGGUUUUUUUUAUAGUGCGCUUAUUUGAGCAAACAAUAUUAGUGAUUUUUAAGCUCUUACUUUAUUCAACCUCAAAUUGUAAUUGUACUCAGGUCAAUGCUUCACUUUUUCAAUAGCCUCACUUUUAAACCUGUAGUGAAAUGUCAAUAUUUCAUUGGAAGAUAGCAUUCCUAGUUUUUCUCCUGUAGGAGAUUGCUGGCAUUUUGUAUAGCCUUAAAUAUCUUGCAUUCCGCCUUUGGGCUGUAAUGGAAGAUUUUCAGAAUUAUUUUAACUCUUCGUUUAUAAGAUUCAUUUAAUCUGCAGAGCAUCAUGUGAAGUAAUAAAUUGUGCAAUAUUGUGUAUAUAUUUAAUGGCUGACCUGGUUAUAACCAGGGUGGUGUUUUCUCUCCAUUGAACGAAAGAGAUUCAAAUCUGCCUGUACAUAGAACUCAAGUGUCUUUAAUUCCAUGCGUUUAAAAAUUAUUCAUGCUGUCUUUUUCACAUUUGAUUUACAAAGCAGACCUCUUUCACAGUCUUCACGUGCACAGAAGACUUAUGAGCUGUGAACAAAUUUUCUGAUCUCAACUACACUUUUGCAUGCUCACCAGGAUUUAAAAAAAAAAAAGUGAUGUCAGUUUUUUGGUGACACGUCUUUGUACUUUUGUUAUGGUGAAGAUACAUUUGAAGGUCUUUUGUAAGUUUUGUAUUGAUUUGCUUUUUUGCCAAGUUAAAAGAGAUUUUUUAACACUGUAAAAAAGAUUUUAAAUAUUUAUAUUUAAAGAUUAUUAUUUGUGUUCUGAAUUUUCUAUUUUAAUGCAGCAUGUAUUGUUUUUUGACACAAAUAAAUGCACAAUACUUA